AUGGCCCCCGCCCCGAUCGACCAAAAAUGGUGGAAAAAUGCCAUCAUCUACCAAAUCUACCCGGCCAGCUUCAAAGACUCCAAUAAUGACGGUAUCGGCGAUAUCCCCGGCAUCAUCUCCUCCCUGGACUACAUCACCAGCCUCGGCGUGGACGUCGUCUGGCUGAGUCCCAUGUACGACAGCCCCCAGCACGACAUGGGUUACGAUGUGGCCGACUACGAGAGCGUCUACCCACCCUACGGCACCGUGCAAGACAUGCAGGUCCUCAUCGACGAGUGCCAUCGUCGCGGACUCCGCAUCAUCCUCGACCUCGUGGUCAACCACACCUCCGAUCAGCACGCCUGGUUCAAAGAAUCGCGUUCCUCGAAGUCAAACCCCAAACGAGACUGGUACAUCUGGCGACCGGCGAAAUACGCCGCCGACGGGACCCGCAGGCCGCCGAAUAACUGGCGGAGUAUAUUCGGAGGCAGUGCGUGGGAGUGGGACGAGACGACGCAGGAGUACUACCUGCAUUUGUUCGUCAAGGAGCAGCCCGAUGUCAACUGGGAGAAUCCGGACGCGAGACGCGCGAUUUACGACUCGGCGAUGGAGUUCUGGUUGCAGAAGGGCGUGGACGGCUUCCGAGUCGACACGGUGAAUAUGUAUAGCAAGCAGCCGGGGCUUCCUGAUGCGCCGGUGCUGGAUCCUAAGUCCGAGACGCAGGUUGCGGCGUCGCUGUUUUGCAAUGGCCCGCGGAUUCAUGAGUAUCUGGGCGAGAUGAAUGCCAUCUUGAACAAAUACGACGCGAUGACGGUUGGCGAGCUGCCCAACACGCAUACUCUGGACGGUGUCCUGGCUUAUGUGUCUGCGGCGCAGAAUCAGUUGAGCAUGGUGUUUCAAUUCGACAUCGUCGAUCUGGGGAUGGGCAAGGACUACAAAUACUUGACCACGCUCCCUGGGUGGACACUGCCCGAGCUGAAGGGCGCUAUCAAAGGAACACAGGACAUCAUUGACGGCACGGACGGCUGGACGACGGUGUUUAUGGAGAAUCACGAUCAAGGACGCUCGGUCUCUCGGUUCGGCUCAGAUAAGACACCAGAACUGCGCGUCCGAUCGGCGAAAAUGCUGUCUCUCAUGCAGUGCACCCUAUCCGGGACUCAAUUCGUCUAUCAAGGCCAGGAAAUUGGCAUGGUCAACGCCCCCGAGCACUGGAGCAUCGAGGAAUACAAAGACAUCGACAGCAUCAACUUCUACAACAUGGUUCGCGGAAAGACAAACAAUGAUCCCGUCCAAUUGGAGAACGCCAUGAAGGCUCUCCAGCGUUUGGCAAGAGACCACGCUCGUCUCCCCUUGCAAUGGAGCGCCGAGCCAAACGGUGGCUUCUCACCUACUGCGUCUGCGAAGACCUGGAUGCGUGUGCACGACAACGUCUCCGAACUCAAUGUGCAGAAGCAAGAGCAGGACUCGGCGUCUGUGCUAAGUUUCUGGAAGAGCGCCAUGCGAUUGCGCAAGAAGUAUGCUGAUGUGUUCGUCUUUGGAACGUUCGAGCUUCUAGACGAGGGGAACGAAAAGACAUUUACAUACUUGAAGAAGUCGCAGGAUCGGACCGUUCUCCUGGUGUUGAACUUCUCGGAGGAAGGACAGAAAUUCGAGAAGCCCGCAACUUUGGAGGGCCAGGAGCUCAGUCUGUUGUUUGGAAAUGUGGAUAAUAGAUCGGGUGAUGAGCUGUUGCCAUUUGAGGGCAGGGCCUAUCUGGUAAACAAGGCUUAGUAUGGUACAGGCUAGAUGUAG